UAUUGGAUACCUGGACUCUUGUAUAAUUAUUACAAUAUUCAUAUGUCCUUAGACUGGAUUUCAAUCGAUUCUCUAUCGCUGGCCCGGAGCAGAUGAAUCAUGUGUGUAAUCAGGAUCAGUUCAUUGUGUCAGGAGGUAAUCCAGUUCCGGCUAUCUGUGGUGUCAACCAGGGCAGCCAUAUGUACAUAGACGCGGGUGUUGGUACCACGAAUCCAGUUAAACUGACGUUUGUAACGAGUGGCAAUUCAUUUGAACGGAUGUGGAAACUCAAAGUUACGCAAAUUCCAUGUAACACCAUAUACAAAGCGGACGAAGGGUGUCUUCAAUACUAUACUGGUGUCUCUGGCCAACUUCGAUCUUUCAAUUACGACCCCGCGUCAGGUCUUCAGCUCAGUAACCAGGACUACGGUAUCUGUAUCAGGAUGGAGAGGAACUUCUGUGGCAUCCAGUACACUGCCUGCCCUGACACCGUCAACAAUCGCUCCCGAUCCUUCACACUGAGUGGUAACAGUAACAGUCCAGUGAACGCUAUGAUCGGCUCGGGGGCUGGCCCGAACAAUUGCGCCAACGAUUGGCUACUGGUGCCUUGCGCUGCUAAUGUUGGCAGAAUACAACCAGCACAGGCUCUUUGCACAGACAGGAUUUGCGGUGGAACCUUCUCUGCAGAUUUAUCUAUGCAACCGGCCACUGUACUGAGUACUGUCAAACCUUUCCGUCUAUGGUUUCAUACAGACAAUGUAGAAGCGCCUGUGGAUAUAGACAACCGAGGGUUCUGUUUAAAUUAUAUACAACAACCCUGUACAAAUAAUGUUAUUUAAGUAUAGCUGAAUAAUUUAUA